UUCCGGUUCCGGGAGCAACGAACGGCCGCGGCGGCGACAGCUACCGCUUGAGGAAGAGGCUGCGGAGGAGGAAGAGGAGCAGGGCAAGGCGGGAGUCACAGGCGGGACCGUUGUCAUGGGUCCGCGGACCUAGAGCGGCGGGAGCUACCGGCCCGGUGCCGAACUGGGUGCUGCUGCUUCCCGUGGCCCCAAUGGCUGAAGACUGGCUGGACUGCCCAGCCCUGGGCCCCGGCUGGAAGCGCCGUGAGGUCUUUCGCAAGUCAGGUGCCACCUGUGGACGCUCAGACACCUAUUACCAGAGCCCUACAGGAGACAGGAUCCGAAGCAAAGUUGAGCUGACCCGAUACCUGGGUCCUGCGUGUGACCUCACCCUCUUCGACUUCAAACAAGGCGUCCUGUGCUAUCCAACUCCCAAGGCCCAUUCCUUGGCUGUCCCCAGCAAGAAGCAGAAGAAGCCUUCAAGGCCAGCCAAGGCUCGGAAACGUCAGGUUGGACCUCAGAGGAGUGAGGUCAGGAAGGAGGCCCCAGGGGAUGAGACCAAGGCUGACACUGACACAGCUCCAGCUUCGCUCCCUGCACCCGAGUGCUGUGAGAACUGUGGAAUUAGCUUCUCAGGGGAUGGUAUCCGAAGGCAGCGGCUCAAGACGUUGUGCAAGGACUGCCGAGCGCAGAGAAUUGCCUUCAACCGGGAGCAGAGGAUGUUUAAGCGAGUGGGCUGUGGGGAGUGUGCAGCCUGCCAGGUAACCGAGGACUGCGGGGCCUGCUCCACCUGCCUUCUGCAGCUGCCCCAAGACGUGGCCUCGGGGCUGUUCUGCAAGUGUGAGCGGAGACGGUGCCUCCGAAUUGUGGAAAGGAGCCGAGGAUGUGGAGUGUGCCGGGGCUGUCAAACUCGAGAGGACUGUGGCCGUUGCCGAGUUUGCCUUCGCCCUCCCCGCCCUGGUCUCAGGCGCCAGUGGAAGUGCAUCCAGCGGCGCUGCCUACGGCACCUUGCCCAUCGCCUCCGUUGCCACCAUCAGCGAUGUCAACGACGCCCUCCCCUAGCUGUGGCUCCCCCUGCUGGUAAACAUGGCCGCCGCAGGGGAGGCUGCGACUCCAAGAUGGCUGCCAAGCGGCGUCCCCAAACCCAGCCACUGCCUCCACCUCCCCCAUCUCAGCCUCAAGAAUCCCCAGAGCUGCACCCCAGAGCCCUGGUCCCCUCGCCACCUGCCGAGUUCAUCUAUUACUGUGUAGACGAGGACGAGCUACAGCCUUACACGAAUCGCCGGCAAAACCGCAAGUGUGGGGCCUGUGCAGCCUGCCUGCGGCGGAUGGACUGUGGCCACUGUGACUUCUGCUGUGACAAGCCCAAAUUUGGGGGCAGCAAUCAGAAGCGCCAAAAGUGUCGUUGGCGCCAGUGCCUGCAGUUUGCCAUGAAGCGGCUGCUGCCAAGUGUCCGGGCAGGGUCUGAGGAUGGGGCAGGGUUGCCUCCACCUUACCCUCGUCGAAAGAGGCCUAGCUCUACACGACGGCCCCGUCUGAAGCCCCCCUUGGCCACGCCGACAGCCCGACCAGACCGUGCCAAGACUCCAAUGAAGCAGGAAGCAGGCAGUGGCUUUGUACUGCCCCCACCUGGCACCGACCUUGUGUUCUUACGGGAGGGUGCAAGCAGUCCUGUGCAGGUGCCUGGCCCUGCCCCAGCUUCCAGAGAAGCCGUAUUGCAGGAGGCCCAGUGCCCUGGCCUGAGUUGGGUUGUGGCCUUACCCCAGGUGAAGCAAGAGAAGGCGGAUGCCCAGGAAGACUGGACACCGGGCACAGCCGUCCUGACUUCUCCUGUAUUGCUGCCUGGCUGCCCCAGCAAGGCAGUAGACCCAGGCCUGCCAUCUGUGAAGCAAGAGCCACCCGACCCUGAGGAGGACAAGGGAAAGGAGAGCAAGGAUGACUCCGCCUCUGACUCAGCCCCAGAGGAGGAGGCAGGAGGGGCUGGCACACCCGUGAUCACGGAGAUUUUCAGCCUGGGUGGAACCCGCCUUCGGGACACAGCAGUCUGGUUGCCAAGGUGUGCCCCGCACAGUGAGAGGUCCAAGGACCUUAAAAAACGUGGAGCUAGAAAGCAGUAGACUGGAGGCUUCUGCAGACUGUAGGAUUCAAGGUGAUAUUUACAGACCGACUUUAUGAGAGACAACACUGAUCUACUCAGAGGCUGGACCAUAGAUCGGGGGGCUUUUGUAGGAGUCAUUAGGAACUGGAAAACCUACCACCAAACCAGAGGAGCAGGCCUGUUCAGUACUUUGAGCUUAUAGAGGAAGUAAGCAGAAAAGGAAGAGAGACUAGAAAGUUGGUGCAUCUGCUCCAACUGGUGCAAAUCCCAGGACCCUGAGUGUGACAAGAAGUGUGAAUAUUAAGGAUGGGGGAGCUGGGGUGGAGGAUGGGAUAUAAUUAAAGCCACUACAAAACAGCGUGAACAAGCCACCUUCAUAAAUGAUUUUAAAUGGCUUCUGGAUGAGACCUGGCAGUAUCUCUAAACAUUUUCUCAGGGAGACAGCAAUUGAAAAUGUAAUGUUAAUAAAUGAGGAAAGGAACUGCUAUUUGGUGAGUUCCUCCUAUGGACCUAAUGUAUUUAAUCCUCAAAACAGUCUUUUUAUGAAGACGUUGAUUUUGCCCAUUUUUACAGAUGGGAAAACUGAGACUCAGAGAAAUUAAAUAACUUGUCUAGUGUAAAACAGCUAGUAUUGAUAGAGCCUAGAGUCAAACCCAGGUUAUAAAAGCCGUGUUUUUUAAGCCACUAAACUGUAAACUGUAAUCCUAUAUUCAAUAACAUGUAAUAAUAACAAGUUUCCCAUGACCUUGAAAACAAGGUGGAUUACUUUAAGCAUUUUUAACAAAUCCCUUACACUGCUGCCUCUAGUGAGGUUUAGGGAGUGCCAUGGCUGUAUGGAUGGGGUCACCUUGUCAGAGCAUCCAUGCAUCCAGAGACUGGGUUAUUCCCAGGCCUUGGGUGCUGUGUAGGAUUCUUCAAACCCUGAAUGGCAUCCUUCCCCACUGGCUGCUGUCCGUUUUGCUUGUUACCCUCCCUCCCCCUCUUCAGGAAAAACAGUCUUCAGAAGUAAAGCUGCCAGCCUGGCUCAUCUUCACUGACAACUUGCAUCCCCUGCCCCUUGAUAACUUUUGUGCCUGGUUUCUUCUCUCAGCCCAUCUAGUAGGAGUCUGAGUUCCCGCUUCGAGUCUUGCCUAAGGGCCAGUCUUGGCUCAGCCCUGUCUCACUGUCCGUUUUUUGUAAAGUGCCAAAAAGAUUAGAUUGUGAUUCUUUGCUUAGCCAGCUUACAUGGCUGAGACUGAGUGCUUGCCUCCUUAAAUUCUGUAGCCUAUGUACUUCUCUUGACUUACUCCAGUCCCAGCCCUGCAGCUUUAGAUAAUUCAGAUGUAGAUUAGCCAUUUCCCUGCUGUGACUCAUGAUACAGCCCUAUGCCACCCUCCUCUGCACCUUCCUUUGCCUCCCUCGACCUACUUCAGCCAGAGUCAAGACUGGAUCAUUUUCUGGUAUUGUUUUGCUCCCCCCAGGAUCCAAACACCCAACCCUAGUAUUCUGGUAAUUUUGAAAGUGAUGUCCUAAAAGUGAAAUUUAUUUGAUUGGCAUUCUGACUCAUGAGAUGAGAGUCUGGUUACCAUGUUUAUCAUGCUUCAGUCAGAAAAGCAGCAUUACUAAUAUAAAGAUUUUAUAUAUAUAUAUACACACACACACACACACAUAUAUAUAUUAAGGGAUUUAUUAUAGGGAUUUGACCUUAGGCAGUUGUGGGAGCUGGUUAAACAGGCUCUGUGAGGCUGUUGUCUUUGCAUCUAAUGCUGGAGCUUGAAGUCUGCAGGGCAGGCAAUCGGGAAGGGAAGAUGGACAUAAAGUGUGGGAGACCAAGGACAUAUUGGCGCCCACGAGCACGAGCUGGAACCC